CUCUGUUGCUAUUCAGUUGUUGUAGUUACCAGGAAGAUUAACCGCGAUGAUCAACUGGCCCUGGUGAUAACUGCCAGCUAGCAGCUAGCAGCUAGCAGGCUCUCAGACAGAAAGUCGGAGGUUAAAGGUGCCAUGGUAAAACCCAGACACUUGAUCCCAGGAAGACAUCACCGGGCAGCUCGUCUCCUUUUACUGUGAAGAUGCCAGCUGUCGUCCAGGGUAAGGAGGACUCUGAAUCCUCCUCAGAGGACGAGCAAGAAGACCAUCCCUGCAUUGCCUGGAGUGGCCUUAGCAAGAGCAUCCCAGUUCUCUUGUUUUUCCCUGAAGCUGCUGUUUCAAAAGAUGGCAAUAUCUGCUCUAUUGGAGAGCGAUAUCAUAUGGCCUUCAAGAUUGUGCGCACAGAGAGCCGCCUGGUACGAGGACUACUCACCAAUCAUGGAUUCCAUGAGGUUCACCCGAACAGUAAUGACUUUAACCUCAUGUGGACAGGAUCUCACCUCAAGCCUUACAUACUACGCAGCCUUCAAGACUUCCAGAAGGUCAACCACUUUCCCAGGUCAUACGAAUUGACGCGCAAAGACCGUCUGUAUAAAAACAUCCAGCGAAUGCAGCAGACUCAUGGCUUCAAAAACUUCCAUAUCGUUCCUCAGACCUUCGUGCUUCCCUCAGAGUUCCAGGAAUUCUGCAAUUGUUUUGCCAAGGACAAGGGCCCGUGGAUUAUUAAACCAGUAGCAUCUUCAAGAGGGCGAGGCAUCUACUUGGUCAGCAAUCCAAAUCAGAUUUCAAUGGAUGAAAACAUCUUGGUGUCUCGCUAUAUUAAUAACCCAUUACUAAUAGAUGAGUUCAAGUUUGAUGUGCGGCUGUACGUGCUGGUAACUUCAUACGAUCCACUCCUCAUUUAUGUGUAUGAGGAGGGCCUGGCGAGAUUUGCUACAGUCAAGUAUGACCGGACUUCGAAAAAUAUUAAGAACACGUUCAUGCAUCUCACUAACUACAGCGUGAACAAAAAGAGCAGCGAUUAUGUCAGUUGCGAUGACCCUGAAGUUGAGGAUUACGGGAACAAGUGGAGUAUGAGUGCAGUGUUGAGGUAUUUGAAGCAGGAGGGGAAGGACACCACAUUGCUGAUGAGACAGGUGGAGGACCUCAUCAUCAAAGCUGUACUGAGCGCUGAACUACAGAUAGCCACUGCCUGCAAGAUGUUUGUUCCCCAUAAGACAAACUGCUUCGAACUGUAUGGUUUUGAUGUGCUCAUUGACUCCAACCUCAAACCCUGGUUGUUAGAGGUGAACCUUUCUCCCUCCCUGGCCUGUGAUGCGCCCUUGGAUCUGAAGAUAAAGGCCAGCAUGAUUGCAGACAUGUUUUCGCUUGUGGGCUUUGUGUGUCAGGACCCCCUAUCGAGACAGCCACGCUCUGACCGAGUGACCCUGGACCCCAGUCUCAAGCACCCAGCAGCCCAAAGAACACAGAAACCUCUUUCUGCACCGACAGCCACUGCACGCAGCAGAGUGCGGCAGAGAUCAGCAUCAGCCAGCAACUCAGAAACAGAGGGGUCGAAAGACAAGCAAGGACCUAAACAAGGCCAAGGAGAUAGCACCCUGAGCUUGACUGCUGAGGAGAUCAAAGUGCUGAGGAGGAUAAAGGAGGAGUAUGAGAGACGAGGAGGCUUCAUUAGGAUCUUCCCCACCGCAGAAACGUGGGAGCUGUAUGGUGGAUAUUUGGAGUCCAAGACAUCAAUGAACUACAUGUUGGCAAACAGACUUUUCCAUGGAAGGAAUGUGAACGGGAAUGUGCAGCUGCAGGUGGACGCUGUCCAUGGCUGUCACGUAGUCCAGUAUGAGAGGAAGCUGCUGUCUCUGGAGGCACGUAAGAGGAGACAGCGCCACCUGACUCAUCGCUCUGCUGCAGGGAAGAAGAAAUCGGGGAAGGAAUCCAAGGCCUCCCCGACUGCAAGCAGCAGUCAGGAGGGAGAGGAGUGUGUGCAGCAUGAAAGACAAGUCCUUGAGCCGGUCUCACAUAGGGCUUUGGUAGCAGAGCUAAGAAAACAAGUGGCCACACCACUGGAACGCUGCCACAGUGAGGCUCUGUCCAGCUCAGAGGCGGCAACGCACAGUGCCAGGCCAAGAGUCAACCUGCUCAACAUCCUCCAGCAGGGGUGGGACCUCAGUAAAGUUCAGGCCCGGAUGGCCUUUUCCUCAUACCUGCAGCGAGUCCAGCAAAGACUGUUGGCAGAGAGCAGGGCCAACAGCAUCCCAGCUUGGCCAGACAAGGACAAUGACCAAAUGGAGCUGGUGAUUCGCUUCCUAAGAAGAGCAGCCAGUAACCUUCAACAAGACAUAAAGGUGGUCUUGCCCAGUCGCCAGCUCCCGCUCCAAGACCGCAGACGCAUCCUGUCCCACCAGCUAGGGGAGUUUAUCCACUGUUACAACAAGGAAACUGAACAUAUGGUGAAAAAACAGGAGAAUAGCAAAGAGGAGCAUUGUGUUAACCCCAGUGUGUUUCAGGAGUACAUCACUGCAGCAAGUGAAAACGAUCUGGAAGAAGUACUGACAUUCUACACACAGAAAAAUAAAUCAGCCACUGUCUUCCUCGGAACAAAAAUCAGGAGUGUUAAAAACGGCGUUCAUGAAGUAAAUGCCUCAGGAGAUUCAGGCAACUGUGAGAAUUCCAAAACUCUGCCUGUGGCCAAAAAGGAUUCCAGCACUUCGGAGUCCUCGCUCUCCACAGGGAAAGUCAGCAGUGACCCAGACAUCAAGGCCACUGAGAGUCAGCCUUCUGUCCGUUCUUUGCUUGAAGACCAACUGACAGUGGUUAGAACUGGUAAAACCCAGCCGGAGGUCCAGUCCUCCCAGCACUGCUCCAGCUUCCCUAUGACUUUGGACUGCACAAAUAUUCAUCUGCAGCACUGCUCUCCUACCCUGACGUCCCUGCCUCUCCAUUGCCCGCCACCGCCACCACCUCCUCAGCCGCCGUCCUAUGCACAGUCCUUGGCAAAGUCUCACUUCUGCCACUCUGAGCCUCUUUCUGACCCUCCUGCAUACACCUCGGCCGUUGUGGUCACACAGCCCCCGAGAGCAAUGUGGACAGCUGUUUCCAGUGGCUCUAGCACAGUCUCCACUGGGCAACCAACCCAGGUGCUCAGGAGGAUUCAGUCCUUCACCUCAUCGACGUCCAGCUCUGGAGCAGCUUCUUCAAUCCCGAGUGCCACGCACAUCUAUACCCAGAAGCUCUCUAGACCAACCUCAGCAGGCCAAGUGAUCAGGAAGAACAGCUCCAGUAAGAUGAAGUCAAACUCAGUUGGGACAUUUAAGGAGUUAAACUCCUUGUCUGCCCAAGCCCAGUCUAACCAGCAGGCCUUCAUCUCAGCCCUGCAAAAGCUAGCCGACAAGCAGGUUGCUCGCCACUAUGCCAGCUCCAGUCACAUCAACCUGCUGACACAACACUUGACCAACCUGAACCUGACCAACAGGAUGCUGAGCAGAGAGAGCUUCACACUGAACCCUAAAGUGCAGCGUACUGCUGCUCCAACCCACGGGCCAGUGAAAGCUGUUCACUCUGGAACAGAUCUAUGUAGCCGCACUGGCCACAGGCCGCUGAAGGAUGAGGAGGGUCUUUGGGACGGGCAGAUGCAGAGUGCCUAUAGCUUGGUGACAGGGGUAAACCCCCAACAGUGCUACCAGCCCACCCAAGGAAGCUACCAACUGCAGUUUGCUAUCCAAAAACUGCAACAGCAAAGACUUCAGUCUCGACAAUUUCUGGACCAGAGCCAUUGCAGACACCAGGCUCAACUUCCAGACCAGGCAAGUUCUACACACACCCAGGCUCCCAUAAACUCAUCCAGCUGCCCUCCAACCAGCUUCCACGUUCAGCCCAAUCACAGUCAUGGCCACAGCCACAUCCAAACCUGUGUUAGUCCUGUUCUCGCCCCAAAGCCACCCAGCAGUGCCAGAGAAGUACAGACCAGGAAAACGGCAACAAAGCGCCUCAUCAAGCAAACGUCCGCAGAGAGUUCAACCAGUGGCCAGCAUACAGUCUAUGAAGCUAUCUGUGGUAAAACAGGUCUUUCCAUGUACCACAAGCUGUUCCAGGGCCAGGAGCCCGGUCACAGAUGACAUGAAAGCGACCAGAGGCACGUCCUGCCCCUCUGCUGGCCUGACAGGUGUCUCUGCAUGUAACUACAUCCUCACAGAGGUGUAUUCUGGGAAAGGACAACAGCAACAGAUGAAAGCAUGCCAGACAUCGAACAGGGCCCUAUUAACUUCUCUAUGAUACAGCCACAGACAUGUGAGAGGAUGGGCUGAGAGGCCAGGAAUGCCCAGCUUUGACGCAGGUUGGGAUUUUGUUGCGCAGCUCAACAUCAGUUGGCCUUUUCAGCUCUCUCCCCCCACCUCCCCUAACCCCCCUCGGCUACACUCAGUCUAUAUACCAACAGUUGUCUGCCUUCAUUCUCUCCAUGCUACUGAUGCCACAGAAAAAUUUCACUGACAGAUAACAUUCAGCAGAUGGUUCUUCAAGCCCCAGUGGCAUUUUAUAUACGGGAUUCAACAUUUUAUUCUUUACUCAUGCAUUAAUGGCAUGUGCACCGCUAGCCAUUCAUGCUGUUUUUUUCUUUCUGAAAAGUUAUACGAACAGGUGAGACUGUGGUUUUGUAUUGUAGAGGUUGGCUGAGCAGCUUCUCAUCAUUGCAUGCAGAGAAGUUCCUUUCAUGUCUUGCAGCUGGCUUUAGACACUCCAACUCCCAGUCAUCGUUGGAAGCCAUAUUGCUGCCAAGUCACACUCUAUGGCCAUCGCCUAAGGAUGUGUUAAAGUACAGCAUCCUUUCAUUAUUGGCUUAAAAAAUAAAUGUUUUGUUUGUUAGAAAAUACAAAUACGAUUGGUUGCUGUCUUGUUCCCUUUUUACGAGGAGGAUGUAACACUGUUGCUGGGAUGUUUAAGUUUUAUAUGAAGAAAAAAAAAUGGCUUGUGAUUAUUCCUGUAAACUGUUGAGAUGUUGAUGUUGUUUUCCUUUGAUGGACCAAAUUUAAUAUUAAUAUUAAGUAAAUUAUUGUUAUUGCAUCAGUAUUUAUUUACUGGACAUUGACUACCCAAAAGGCUUUUUUGGCCGUUUCUGUAGCUCAAAGCAUAACAUAAAGAGGAAUUAUGGUUAUGCACAGCCUUGCCUACAAUGAAGGUUAAUGCUGCACCAGCAGACCAAUAUCCUUGUGGAUAUUCUGUUGCUUGGGACCAUAUAGUGAGUUCACUCAGGGCGAGUUAAUAGAAUAAAACAUAUCUGUUAUAUAUCAAUAGAUUGAGCAUAUGUUUAUGACGUCUUUGUCAAAAAUACUUGAAUUUCUUGCAUGUCUUUGUCAUAUCAACUGAUGAUUCUCAUCAGAGUGAUUUUGCACAGAUUGUAGUUUUCAAUGCAGUACAAUAGAACUGGUUUUAAUACACUUGAUGGUAUUUUUUUGUAGUGAUUGAUGUUAAACUUUACUACUGUUAAAGCCAGUGCAUGCUGUAUUACAAUAAUCAGUAGAAUCCAAAUCAAUGUGAAUAUUCUCCUGUGGUAAUACAAAGUUGUUUACAGUCAGUCAUUUAAUCUGUUUUGUUGCUGAUUGUUUACAACACACAUGCAUGGAAAUGUAAUACUUUGGAAUUGGAAUCAUCUUGGCAGUCUGUAUCAAACGACAUUGAAAUGAAUGUCUAAAAAAAAACAUUAAAACAUGCUGAUCAUGUCAGUAAAUGUAUUUUUUCACCACACAUGCUGUACACUGGAAGUUGUCAAUCACUGGACUUUGAAUUCUUCACUUUGGUCAACUAAAUGUACCCUAUUACCCUUAAAAAUAAAGUGCUCUAAAAUACUUGAUACAAACGGAAAAACUCAGGGAAAAAAAGAAUAUAACAAUUCUAUCCAACUGUCCAUUUUUUAAUUAAAAAAAGGUGUUUCCAAGAGUAAUAAGAAAAACAUUUACAGUUCGUGAUCUAGUUAAGUGUUCACUUAGUGACAUACAUCGUCUCAUACAACAGAAAGGCUUCACUUUAAAACAAAAAAACAAUCCCUGGAAUCACCAUCCUGUUGUAUUACAGAGGUAAACAUAACCAUGGAAAUACUACUUUUAAAAUAAAGGUUGGUUUCCAGCAUGUUUUCUUUUUUCCUAAGGUAAUUUUUAUUCAACAGCAUUUAAUCCUAAACAAACAGUGUAGGGAGCUGUGGCGUGCACAGCGUCAGUUUCCAGCUCGGACAUUCGAAGGUGUCCUGUGUGUCAUGGCCGUGGGGAUGUUUGCUCUCAACAAACAACAAUUAUUGUUUCACCCUCUUUGACGUGUUCCUAUCAUGCUGAGUUCAGUCUGCAUUCUCAGUCAUUUUCUCUUUUUCUUUUA